AUGAGAUAUUCAUUAGGGUUAGAUACUUCUAAGAAGAUUCAGGAUGUUUCUAUGACAAGUGAAACAACUGAAAAUGUAUAUGAAAAAGAAAUUAAUGAUAUGAAUAGAAUAAAUAGUUCAAAUUCAAUUAUAAAAAAUGAAAGCAUAGAUGGUAACUCAUUAAAUAAAAAAAAAAAAAAAAAAAAAAAUUUUAUGAAAAUUUUUAAAAAAAAAAGGAAAAAAUCGAAAAAUUUGAAAGGCAAGGAUUUUAAUAUUAAUGAUGAUUCAAAUUAUUUAUUUUCUAAUAUAAAUAAUGUUGACUCAAAAAAAUAUUUUCUAUCUUUUAAUGAACUAAGUAAAUAUGAUGAAAAUCUUGAUAGAGAUUUAGAUAAUGAAAAAGACACCAAGAAAAAUAGUAGCAACAAUACAAAAAAUGAAAAAAAUAAAAAAAUUAAUGAUAUAGAUAAAAAAGAUUCAAAAAUUAGUAAUAAAAGAAAAGAAGUAAAUAAAGAAAAAAUAAAUUCACAAAAUAAUUACAAUGAAAGAUAUGAUAAAAAGACCAAUAAUGAGUAUAAUAUAGAUGAAAAUUAUAAUUUUGAAUUGAAUGAAGAUUUAAAGAAAGAGUUAGAGAAAAUAAAAACAGAUAUAGAUCAAAUUAAAAAGAAAGGAAACUUAAGAAGAAUGUAUGAUGAUUUAAAAUAUAUUUUAUUAUUUCAAAAUGAGAUAAUUGAUACAUUAAUUGAUGAUAUUAGAAAAAAUAAAUUAAAAACGAAAUAUGAUUUAUUUGAUGAUUGUACUAUUAAAGGAGAUGUGAACAAGAUGAUUUUAAAUCAAAUUACGUUAGAUCUUUUAAAAUUUAAAUAUGUAAACACAAAAUUAAAGGAACUAAUUAUGUGCAUAUAUGAUACAAAAAAGUUUAAUAGUUUAAUAAGGAAAAUUAUUUAUAAUAAUUUAGAUGAAAUGAGAAAAUUAGUUGGUAAAGAUGGAGAGUUAUCUAUAGCAAAAUCUAUGUUAAUUUUUUUAUAUAAACAAUUGAAAUAUUGUUUGGAAGAAGAAGUUCAAAGCUAUUAUAAUAAUGUAAAAAAUAUAAAUGACGACAUUCAUAAUAUAAAAAAAAAUAUUUUAAAUAUCAUUUUUGAUUCGAUAAAUGAUGUUUGCUCUUUACCUGAUCCAUAUUAUAUAUAUAAUACAAAUGAGGAAGAAUGUAUUGAAAUAAAAAAAUCAAGAGAAAAAAAAUUAAUGUGUCCUGUAUAUGCUAAUGAUUUAAAUAAUAUUUUUUACUUAUAUAACAAUAUAUAUUCAGAGGAAAAUUCUAAAGAAGUAAAUCAAGAUAAUUUUAAGAACUAUUGUUUUAAAAAUAAUAUAAAAGGAAAUUGUGAAAAUUCUAACAUCCACGUGUUAAAUAAAAAUGAAAAUACAAAAUUUAAUGUCCCAUUAAGAGAUAUGUAUAAAUCUUACAUAACUAAUGAUAAUUAUGAAAAUGUUUGUUCUUCUGUAUCAUAUGCAAAUCAUUUAAAUAACUUAAAUGGUCCAUAUAUAAAUGAAUCUAUAUGUAACAACAAUAAUUCGCAUUUCAAUAAUAUCAUUAAUAAUCAACUUCCCUUAAACAUUUAUGGAAUUAAUAAAAAUGUAAAUCAUCCAUAUUAUUAUUUCUGUAAUCUAAAAAAAAAGAAAGAAGAUUAUCAAGGUAAUAUAAAAAAUAUUAGCUGUAACAUUCCUCCCACAUACAAUAAUAAAAUAUAUGAUAAUCCCCUAAGUGUGAAUAAAAAUAUUAGAAGAAUGAGUAAUAAUAACAACAUUUUAAUGUAUAAUGAAAAUGGUUCUUUAUUAAAUCAUGAUAUAAAUAAAAAAAACAGCAUAACGCAUUAUAUGAAAUGUGAGAAUAAUUAUGAUAAUACAAGAAAUAAAAAAUGCAUCAUAUACGAUAAACAUAUAAGUAAUGAUAAUAAUAAUAAUAAUAAUAUAAGAAUAUAUGAUCAAGUGAAUUAUAAAAAUCAAAUUUUAAACAAUAUAUGGAAUGAUGUUAAUAAUAAAAUUCAAAAUGAUAGAAAUAACGAUAUUCAUGAAGAAAAUAUAAAUAUAAUAAAAAAAAAAGAAUAUAUGAAUAAAGGUGAUGAAAUAAUGGAUAUUUAUGAAGAUAAUAAUAAUAGGUUCUAUAAAAAUAAUAAAAUAUCAAAUGAGAUGAAAUAUGAAAAAAGUGAAAUGAUUAACAAAAAAAAUAUGUAUACAGGGUUUGAAAUUAUAUCAAGCAAAGAAGAAAUGAAGAAAUUAGAAAAUUUUUUAAAUGACAAAUGGGGAAGUUUUAAAUUAUUUGAAAAAUGGAUAAGUGACUGUUCAAAAUGGCAAUGGAUAGAUUUAAAACUUCAAAGAGAGCAAAUAAAUGAUAAUAUAAAAUUAGAAAAGUUAAAAGAAGAAAAAAAAAAAUAUUUAGAAAAAUGUAUAAAUAAUAAAAUAAAGGAAUUAUGGUGUGGUCGUAUGAAGGGAUUAAUGACUUUAAAAUUAUGUGAUAUAGAAAAGAAAAUUACAAAGAGUUUUUCAUCAAAUAUAGUUAGUCAAAAUGUAAAAGAUGUUAUACUAGAUUUAGAAAGAAAUACUAUGUGUUUCGAGGAUUUAUAUGCAAAAUUUAUAAGCAAAGAAGUAUAUAAUAAAAAAUUAAAUUUGCUAAAAAAGUAUAAUGAAUAUAAAGAUAAAAAUAAGCAUGAUAAAGGUAAUUUCAAAAAUGAUAAGGAAAAAAUUUUUUUAGGUAGUAACUCUGAAAAUAUAAAGUAUAUACAUAAAAAAAAAGGCUAUGUAAAAUCAUUAAUAUAUAGUUUUAAUAAGAAAUCACAAAAAAGUAACAAUAAAUAUAACUCAGAUUUGAAAAAAAAUAGUGAAUUAUGCAAUAAAGAAAAGAAUAUAUAUUCAAUCAAAGGAUAUACUUCUCCAACGUAUAAUAAAAGUAUUGAAAAAAAUGAAAAUAAUAAUGAUUUUAAAAUUAACUAUAAAGGAAUGGAGGUGAAGGAACAUAAAAUUAGGGAUAAUAAUUCAUAUAUGAAUAAUAGAAUAGAAGAUUACGAGAUAAUAAAAAACAGGAAAUUUUAUUCUUUUAAAGAUAACAUUUCAUUGAAUAAAAUUGAAUAUAUAAAAAAGGACUCAAAUAAUUAUGAUAAAAAGAAAUAUUCUAACUUUGAAUCGGAUAGCUCUUCAUCAAUACUGAAAACAAAAUCAAAUAUUACACAAAAACAAGAUGAUUCUUUUGAAUAUUCAAGAAGUAUUGAAAAAGAUAAAUAUGAAAAGAAAAAAAAACACAGAAAAAGCAAUAUGAGUACCCUUAAAAAAUUUUUUAACUUAAAAAGAAAGAAAAAAAAAAAAGAAAAAAAAAAUACAGAAAAUUUUUUAUUAGAUAUUGAAAGUAAUUCUAAAAAUGCUAAUAAGGAUUAUCAUAUAAACAGGAAAAAAGACAUAAUAUAUUCCACAGGUGAGAAAGUUGAAAAUAUUAGUAAUACCAUUGCACAUGAUGAAUUACACUCUUUAGAUAAAAAUAAAUGUGACAAAGAAAGAAAGACUAUAAUAAAUCAAAAAGGAGAUAAUAUUCAUCCCUAUAUAAAAAAAAAAAAAAUUAAAUUAAUAGGAGAUUUAUUUAAAGAAGAAAAAUGUGAAAUAUAUGAUAAUUCGUCAAUUCAGAACAAUAGAUACUUAAAUGAUUUCAAUAAAUUGCAUAUAUUAACAACAGAAAAGGAGGGAAAUAAAACUUCAUAUUCUUCAAAUGGAAGAAAAAUUACAAGAAAUAACGAAAUGAAUGGAAUUAAAUUAAAAUUAAAUAACUCUUCGAAAGGAAAAAAUGAAUAUCUUGUAAAUGAAAAUAAUUUAAAUAAAUCAAAUUAUGUUUUUAAAAAUAGUUAUUCUUUUGAAGAAAAUCAGGAAAACAGUUUAUGGGAAGAGUCAUUAAAAAAUUAUAAAAUUAACGAAAAUUUUAAUAAGUCUAAUGAUACUUUAAAAAAAACUGAAGAAGAAAAGAAAUAUAGUUUUGAAUUUGAUGUUACAAAUAUAAAAAAAAAAUUAAGCGAGGAUAAUUUACCUUAUGAUUAUAAGAAUGAAGAGGUAAAAAACAUUGAAAAAAAAAGUUCUUUAACAUAUUCGAAUAUUUCUUAUUCUACAAUUAAGGAAGAUAAUAAAUAUGAAAAAUAUUCCAGUUUGGAUUCCAUUAAAAAAAAAAAUAAAAAAAAUAAAUUAAAUAAAUUUUUUAAAAAUUUAGGUAAAUUUAAUUUUAAAUCUUCUAAAAAAGUAAAAAAAAAAGAAAAUAAUUCCGAUGAGAUAAUUUUAGAUGAUUUUAGCACUGUUUCAAAUUCUAAAAGUGACAAAAAUAUAUACAGAGAAAAAUUAGAAAAAAAGGAUAAUAAUGAUGAUUAUGAUCACAACACAUCAAAAAGUUUUUUGACUAAUAGUGAUUUAAGUAAUAAAAAUAGCCUUGGUAAAAGUAAAAUGAACAUGAAAGUUGAUAAGAUAUAUUCAUAUAUAAACAAAUUAAAAGAGAAGAAAAAAAGUAUUAAUAAAAUAGAUAUAAAUCAUAACGACGAAAGCUUAAAUAAUUAUAAUGCAGAUAUUUCAUUAAACAAAAAAGGAGAAUACGAAAAAAAAGAACUAAAAGAAAGAAUAAGAAUGGAAGAGGAAGAAGAUAUUAAUAGUAAAUAUGAAAAAUAUGAAUAUGCAAAAGAGAACAAAUCUGAUGGAGAAUACGAAAAUAUAAAAAGUAAAGAUAAAAAAGAACUUUAUAAUAAUUUUCAUAAUGAUGAUGCGAUGAAAAAAUUUGAAAAAAAAAGUAAAAAGGAUAAAAAGGAGAAAAAUAAAAAUACAUACGAUAAUUACUGUAGUUCUAGUAAUAAAAAUGUAGAUUUAAACGAUAAUAAUCAUAUAAUUGAAAAAAAAAAAAAAAAGCAUACUAAAAUAGGAUAUAUAAUAAAAAAUGAUAAUAAUGACGUUGGUAAAAUUAGAUCCAGUUCUGAUAAUUUAAGUGAGAAGAAAAUUAAUAGUUCUAAAUUAUCUCCACGAUUUGGAUAUAGUUUAUCCAAUGUUGAUUUUUCAAAAAAUAAUGAAAAUACCUUUAACAAUAGUUCAAAUUUUGAUAGACUCACUGAAAAUAUAUCUAAAAAUAAAAAAAAAAAAAAUGAAGAAAUAAAAAAAAACAAAGAUGAAAACAGUAUUAAAUUAGAUGAAUCAGGUAAUGUAAUUGACAAAAAAGAAAAAAAAAAGAAAAAAAAAUUUGUAGUUACAUCCUCUUUUAAUGAUUUAAACAAAAAUAAAAACAUACAGAAUAUAAAAGAAAAUAUUGAUGUUCAUAAGGGAACAGUUUUAUCAAAUGAUAUGGUGAAAUAUAAGAUAGAUGAUGAUAGUUUAUAUAACAAUAUUUAUUUUGAAGAAACAAGUAAUAAUUUAAAAGAUAUUUCAAAAAGUUUCUUAAAUGAUAAAAAUAGUUCAUCAUUUUAUAAAAAAAAUCAAAAAAGAGAAGAAAAUUCAUCAAAUUCUCAUGAGAUCAUAAGAUUAUCAAGUUUUAAAUCUAGAUCAGAUACUAAUGCAAUACGUAGUGAUGACCAAAAACUAGAUGUAUUAUCAUGUGGAAAUGCUUCAUGUAAUCAUAAUACAGAAGUUAAAAAAGAAGAUUACUCAUAUUACAAAUAUGUUCAAUCAAUAUUGCCUUUUGGAAUAUUAUCACAAAAAGAACAUAGUGAUGCUGAUUCUCAAAUAAGUGGAAAAUUAAAUGCCUCUGAAAAAUUUUCGUGA